ACAGAGCACACGGGCUAGCCUUAGCUUUUCUUUUGUUACACGGCUGUUUGAAGACGAGUUUGAGGUUUAGCUAAAUAUCUGAGUGUUUACAGUAAAAUAAUGUCUUCAGUUCCGCCUCAGAGAGAGUUUAUGAACGAGCAGGUAACUCCUGCUGGAGAAACAUUCACAGAGUUUAAAGAAAUCAACGUUAAGAUGGAGGAAGAGAUGGAGGAUCAGCGCAGACUGAUGGAUUUUACCCGGAUACCGAGGAUCAUCUUACACCGGAUUGAUCUGUGUAAAAAAGAGGAGGUUCUCAAUGAGCCGAGCAACCAGGAGGAAAACUCCAAUUUAGAUCAAGAGGAACCAGAACCUGUGCAGAUAAAACAGGAACAAGAGGAACCAGAACCUCUGCAGAUAAAACAGGAACAAGAAGAACCAGAACAUCAAGAGUCCAAAGAGGAAGAGAAGCAACUCUGCAUCAGUCAGGAUGAUGAGCAUCUUGUGCUGAAACAGGAGACUGAUGACAUUUUGGUGAAUCCUUCUAAUGUGCAAAGAAUCCACAAUGAAACAGAACCACAGAGGAACCAACUCAUCUCUCAUGGCUCUGCUGAGGAUGAGAACCAGGAUCAGGAAGGAAGCAAUUCUGAAGAGCCAGGAAAAAAGAGAAAGGAAGAACAGAAACAAAAGGAGAAAUAUGAGAAAACUAAACAACAGAAAGGCAGAACUGACACUGAAAAACAAAAAGAGCACAAGAAAGCUCACGCAGGGCAAAAAUUAUAUUCUUGUAAAAUUUGUGAUGAAACCUUUUCUGAAAACAGUAACUUGAUGAGACACAUAAUAACUCACACAGGAGUAAAACCUUUCACUUGUUCAGCUUGUGGGAAAAGUUACAGACAAAAGGCUGGUUUAAUUUAUCACAUGAGAAGUCACACAGGGGAGAAGCCAUUCUCUUGUGAGAAUUGUGGAAAAAGUUUCUCUCAAAAAGGUAAUUUAAAUGUUCACAUGAGAAUUCACACAGGUGAGAAGCCUUUCUCCUGUGGGACCUGUGGAAAGAGUUACAGUGAAAGAGGGACUUUAACUAAGCACAUGAGAAUUCACACAGGUGAGAAACCUUUCUCAUGUGAAACCUGUGGAAAAUGUUUCUCUAAAAAAUAUCAUUUAAAUGUUCACCUGACAAUUCACACAGGUGAGAAGCCUUUCUCUUGUGAGAAUUGUGGAAAAGGUUUCUCUCAAAAAGUUCAUUUAAAUGUUCACAUGAGAAUUCACACAGGUGAGAAGCCUUUCUCCUGUGGAACCUGUGGAAAGAGUUACAGUGAAAGAGGGAUUUUAACUAAGCACAUGAGAAUUCACACAGGUGAGAAACCUUUCUCCUGUGGAACCUGUGAAAAAAGUUUCUCUAAAAAAUGUCAUUUACUUGAUCACAUGAGAAUUCACACAGGUGAGAAGCCUUUCUUCUGUGGAACCUGUGGAAAGAGUUACAGUGAAAGAGGGACUUUAACUAAGCACAUGAGAAUUCACACAGGUGAGAAGCCUUUCCUAUGUGGGACCUGUGGAAAGGGUUACAAUAAUGGAAUUAUUUUAACUCGUCACAUGAAGAUUCACUCAGACUAGAAGUCUUAGGAACGAAACACCUCAGAUCCGUUUUGGUAUCAGAUCCAAAGGAAAAUCUGGUGAGAUGACAUAAACAGCAAAUACAAAAUGUUGAAGUCAACAGAUUCUUCCAGGCUGCUAGUGAUUCACUGUGAUUGUGUCUUUCACUGUCUGACCAAGAUAAACCUGAGGUCUACUUUUGCCUAGCAGCUUGUUUUCCUUAAACCAGUUUUUUGUUUUAAUUCUCAGUCGUAUUUGUACUUAAGAUCCCCAUCAGUAUCCCAUUAGAUACUGAAGUUAAAGAGGGGAACACAUUCAGACAGGAUUAAUUUCUGUCGGUUUCAGUUUUCGUGGAGUUCUGUACCAUGUAGAAUAAUUGAGUUUAGCUUUUACAUUUUUGACGUUUCUGUGUAUGACUGGAUGUAAAAUACUUUACAAAUGAAAGCAGUGAAAUGUUCUUUGUGGAAAACUCCCUGCUGGAGCCAGCGUCGUGACGUCAGAGACAUUAUUGGGGAUGUACCACGCGCCUGCGCGUAUUCAUGACUCUUGACUUUCAGUGUGCUUCGCUAGCAGACACAUGCAGUUCUGUUCCAGCACCUCACUAAAAUGUUGAAUUCUUUGUGUGUACGUGUGCGUUGAUGACAAUGUAAGUACAUAAUUCAUUUCAUCCGCUCGUGUUUCUUACACGCUGUUUAGUUCGGCAACCGUGUAACCUUGGUUACCGCGAGCUCCAACGUAUUUUGAUGAGGAAAUGCCUAUUUCUUAAAUGCUUGGCUAAACGCUCAUUUCUUGGUUUAACGUUACAAGAAUAGUUCAGUUUGAGAGUUGUCUGGCAGUACUCUGAAUUGUAGUGUUAUUUCUACUAUUCUGAAGACGUUCAGGACGGUAAACUAGCUUCCAAAUGUAGCAUCGAGCGCUUAUGGAGCCGGUAUGUUCGAGCGGAUAAUCAUUUUCUCGAUCUUGCGGCGGGAAGAACCGCUUCUACCAUUCGUGGUCUUUGUGCGCCACCCUGUGGUCAUUAAGUGUACUGCAUCAAUAUGCUCUGUAUUAACACUUUGAGUGCCUAGUUCUCACCUAUAUUAUCCUGUUAUUACUUGUUACUUGCAGUAAUUCUCUUCCUUGUUACAUUAAUGUUACUGAAGUGUUAUUGAAUUGCAAUUACAAUUAUAUAUAUUGUUAAUGUAACUGGAUGUGUAUUUGAUUCUACCUGAAAUCGAAUAUUUUGUAUACAUUAGAAUUUGUAUAUGUAUAUGUGGAAUUUAGAUGUAUAAUAUUCUAAUUAUUAUUUAAUUAUUAUUAAAUUCUUUCUCCUGCUUAAUAAAAGACAGGCUCUAAUGCAGAGAGUCAGAACGCAUGGUAAACUCCUUGGACAAGUGGUUUGCUAUGUUUUCUCCUUCUGUAGAAGUUUGGUUGAA